AUGAUCGUAGUAGCGCUCGUACUUGUGGGAGUAGUGGCCCUGUACCUGUACGGGACUCGCAACCACAACUACUGGAAGGAAAGAGGAGUCAAACAUGACAAACCGAUACCAAUCUUCGGAACCGAUGCGAAGCGGUACCUUCUCCAGAGCAGUAUCGCACAGAGGGCAGCUGACACCUACUGGAAGUAUCCUGGAGAGAGGUUCGUGGGGUACUACCGCGGCUCUAUCCCUGAGCUGGUGAUCCGUGACCCCGACCUAGUCAAACGAAUCAUCACCACAGACUUCUCCUACUUCUACUCCCGGGGCCUGUCGCCUGCACACAAAGUGAUCGAGCCUCUGCUUCGUAACCUAUUCUUUGCGGACGGUGACCUCUGGCGUCUGCUCCGGCAGCGCAUGACUCCUGCAUUCACAAGCGGCAAGCUGAAGGCGAUGUUCCCAUUGAUUGUAGAGCGAGCUGAAAAGCUGCAGGCACGCCUACUCGAUACCGCCGCUGCCGGCCGCCCGAUAGACGCCCGCGAGCUCAUGGCUCGCUACACCACCGACUUCAUCGGUGCCUGCGGUUUUGGUCUCGACGCCGAUUCCCUUAACGAUGAUAGUUCACCCUUUAGGAAACUCGGCAUGAAAAUUUUCAAGAUAGACUUGAAGCGCUGUAUUGUAAUAUUCUGCAAAACUAUUUUCCCUGACUUAUUUAAGUCACUUAAAUUUUUGGGCCAGGAACUGGAAGACGAUAUUUUAACUCUCGUAAAUCAAAUUCAAAAACAAAGAAAUUAUAAGCCGUCCGGCCGUAACGACUUCAUAGAUUUCUUGAUGGAAUGGCAACAAAGAGGAAAGAUCCUGGUAGAAUCCCUGGAAGAAAUGAACCCAGACGGCACACCCAAAUCUGUGGAACUGGAGAUGGAUGACGUACUGGUAGCAGCGCAAGCGUUCAUCUUCUUUGCGGCUGGUUUUGAGACUUCCUCGUCAGCGACGAGCUUCACGUUGCACCAGCUUGCUUAUCACCCAGAAGUGCAGAAGAAGGCGCAGGCUGACAUCGACCGAGUGCUCGCCAAACACAACAACCGCCUCAGCUACGACGCGGUCAAGGAGAUGACCUACCUGGACUGGGUGCUGCAGGAAGGCAUGCGCAUCUUCCCGUCCUCCGGCAUGUUACUGAGGCAGUGCGUGCGCCCGUACACCAUCCCAGGGACGGACAUCACCAUCGAUAAAGGUGUCAAGAUAAACAUCCCUCUAGUUGCACUGCACAACGACCCACAAUACUUCGACAACCCUAAAGAGUUCCGCCCCGAGCGCUUCGAACCGGAGGAAGUGGCUAAGAGACACAAGUUCGUGUACCUGCCGUUCGGAGAUGGACCUCGCUCCUGCAUCGGUGGUCGAUUGGGUCAGAUGCAGUCGCUGGCUGGAUUGGCAGCAGUGCUGGCCAAGUUCUCAGUGUCACCGGCGCCGGAGACCAAGCGCGAGCUGGAGUCCGACCCCACCUCCAGCAUCGUGCAGAACAUAGUGGGUGGCAUCCCGCUCAUGUUCCACGCGCGCCACGCCCCGCCUGCGUAG